AGAGAUCUACUCUAGUCUUGCCUUGCGGGAGUUCAAGUGGAAUCUCUUCUUCCCCUAGCCCCAGUCCCCCGCCCCCGCGCCCUCCCCCCACGUCCCGAUCCUGAUCCUGAUCCUGGCGCUUCUUCCGCGGCUGUGUUUCGACCCGGGCGCCCUGGCGGGUCUUGGCCCGUGCGACCACUUUCUCAGAACAGCGGCCGAGAGGCGUGAAGGUGGCUCUAGGGUAGCGAUUCGGAGCUCCGGGGAGGUGGGGUGGGGCGGGAGGGAGGAUGAGCGCCCCGGGCACUGAGAGCGCCGGGAAGAGCCUGCAGUGCCGAGUGGACCACCUGCUGAGCGCGGUGGAGAGCGAGCUGCAGGCCGGCAGCGAGAAAGGCGACCCCACCGAGCGCGAGUUGCGCGUGGGCCUGGAGGAGAGCGAGCUGUGGCUGCGCUUCAAAGAGCUCACCAAUGAGAUGAUCGUGACCAAGAACGGCAGGAGGAUGUUCCCGGUGCUGAAGGUGAACGUGUCCGGCCUGGACCCCAACGCCAUGUAUUCUUUCCUGCUGGACUUCGUGGCCGCCGACAACCACCGCUGGAAGUACGUGAACGGGGAGUGGGUGCCCGGGGGCAAGCCGGAGCCGCAGGCGCCCAGCUGCGUCUACAUCCACCCCGACUCGCCCAACUUCGGCGCCCACUGGAUGAAGGCGCCCGUCUCCUUCAGCAAAGUCAAGCUCACCAACAAACUCAACGGAGGGGGCCAGAUCAUGUUGAACUCCCUACAUAAGUAUGAGCCUCGCAUUCACAUAGUGAGAGUCGGGGGUCCCCAGCGCAUGAUCACCAGCCACUGCUUCCCGGAGACCCAGUUCAUAGCAGUGACAGCCUAUCAGAACGAGGAGAUCACAGCUCUUAAAAUUAAAUACAAUCCAUUUGCCAAAGCUUUCCUGGAUGCCAAGGAAAGAAGUGAUCACAAGGACAUGAUAGAAGAUGUGGGGGACGGCCAGCAGCCGGGGUUCUCCCAAUCAGGGGGGUGGCUUCUUCCUGGAACCAGCACCCUCUGUCCACCGGCCAGCCCCCACCCUCAGUUUGGAGGCCCCCUCUCUCUCCCUUCUACCCACGGCUGCGAAAGGUACCCGGCCCUGAGGAACCACCGCUCAGCCCCCUACCCCAGCCCGUACGCUCAUCGGAACAAUUCUCCAACCUACUCCGACAACUCGUCUGCCUGCCUGUCCAUGCUGCCGUCCCAUGAGAACUGGUCCAGCCUCGGGGUGCCUGCCCACGGCAGCAUGCUCCCAGGGAGCCACAGUGCCAGCCCUCCCGCCGGCUCUAGCCAGUACCCCAGCCUGUGGUCUGUGAGCAACGGCACCAUCACCCCAGGCUCCCAGACGGCCGGGGUGUCCAAUGGCCUGGGGGCCCAGUUCUUUCGCGGCUCCCCCGCAAACUAUGCACCCCUCACCCAUGCAGUGUCCGCCGCCUCGUCCUCAGGCUCCCCACUGUAUGAAGGGGCUGCCACGGUCACAGACGUUCCUGAGAGUCAGUAUGAUGCCUCGGCCCAAGGCCGCCUCAUCACCUCCUGGACACCCGUAUCCCCGCCUUCCAUGUGAACCCAGCCCUGUCUCCAGGGACAGUGACUUUGCUGUGGUAACUGGCAUUGACUGGACCGAACUGCUGGGCAUAGUGUGUCAGGCUGGUGGGACCAGGGGAGGAACGAGCCAGACGAGGACCUGCGAGGUACCCACCCUACACCCCUUGCUCCUCAUUUGCAAGAGAGAUGUGCCCGCUACAGGUGACUCAGUCUGGAGAGGACGUGGGGUGUGGUUCCCCAUGAUUCAUAGUUGGAAAUCCUUUGCCGCGUCCCCAAACUAUGCAUUUGUUUCUCACACAGCAAGUAGGGUGACUUUGGCGCACCAGAAUCUGUAAGCUCCACUGUCCUACUUUAGGGAGACACAGCACACUUUCCAUUCUCUUCCUUGUUGCUUUUGAGUAGUUAGUUUUGAGCUGUUAAGGUCAGAAAUAAUUCAGAGUGAGGACAGCAGAUUGCAGUUGAGCUGCCAACUGA